GGGGGCUGCUGGCAGCCCGAGUAUAGCGGAGUCGGUACUUCGGCGGGUCUCAGAGCUCCGCUGUGAGGAUACAGGGAAGGAAGCGGGCCAGGCCUGGUAGAAGAAAAGACCCACUGGGGAGAUGGCGGCCCUUAACCUGAAAGAAGUGAUGUAAUUUAUCACUGAAGACUGAAGUCGGGGUGAAGAGGGAGGCGGGCGAGCAUGGCCUGGCCACGAUUUCUGCAGAGGGGGUCUCUGCUCAGCGGCUUCAGCCAUCACCAUGUCGCCGUGUUCCUGCUCACUUUCUUCAGCUAUUCGUUGCUCCACGCGUCAAGAAAAACAUUCAGCAACGUCAAAGUCAGUAUUUCCAAGCAGUGGACCCCAAGUGCUUUUAACACAUCCGUUGACCUGCCUGCAGAGGUCUGGAGCAGCAACCAUUUGUUCCCCAGCACAGAGGAAGCCACUCUUUUCCUUGGAACACUAGAUACUGUUUUUUUGUUCUCCUAUGCUGUGGGCCUCUUCAUCAGCGGCGUCAUUGGGGACCGGCUGAAUUUGCGAUGGGUGCUGUCUUUUGGCAUGUGCUCUUCUGCAUUUGUGGAGUUUGUCUUCGGCACUCUUACGGAAUGGCUGCGCUUCUACAACAAGUGGCUGUACUGCGGCCUGUGGAUUGUGAACGGCCUGCUGCAGUCCACUGGCUGGCCCUGUGUGGUGGCUGUGAUGGGCAACUGGUUCGGGAAAGCUGGCCGAGGCGUUGUCUUUGGUCUCUGGAGUGCCUGUGCUUCAGUGGGCAAUAUUUUGGGAGCGUGCCUGGCUUCAUCUGUUCUGCAGUAUGGUUAUGAGUACGCCUUUCUGGUGACCGCGUCUGUGCAGUUUGCUGGCGGGAUUGUCAUCUUCUUUGGGCUACUAGUGUCACCAGAAGAAAUUGGUCUUCCAAGUAUUGAAGCGGAAGAAAACCCUGAAGAAGAUUCACACAGGCCUCUCAUUAACGGUGCUGAAAAUGAAGACGAGUACGAGCCCAAUUAUUCAAUCCAAGAGGAUGGGGCUGUCACCCAAGUGACGGCGAUAAGCUUUCACCAGGCUUGCUGCCUUCCUGGAGUCAUACCGUACUCACUGGCCUAUGCCUGCCUGAAACUGGUGAAUUACUCCUUCUUCUUCUGGCUGCCCUUUUAUCUGAGCAACAACUUUGGGUGGAAGGAAGCCGAAGCUGACAAGCUGUCCAUUUGGUACGACGUCGGAGGCAUUGUAGGUGGGACUCUGCAAGGCUUCAUCUCCGACGUGCUGCAGAAGAGAGCGCCUGUGCUAGCCCUCAGCCUGUUCCUGGCGGUGGGCUCCCUUGUUGGGUAUAGUCGCUCUCCAAACAAUAAGUCCAUCAAUGCACUUCUGAUGACCAUCACAGGGUUUUUUAUUGGCGGACCGUCCAAUAUGAUUAGCUCGGCUAUUUCUGCAGACCUGGGUCGCCAGGAACUGAUCCAAGGGAGCAGCGAGGCUCUGGCGACCGUCACGGGAAUCGUCGACGGAACUGGGAGCAUUGGUGCUGCUGUGGGCCAGUAUCUGGUGUCUCUGAUCCAGGACAACCUUGGAUGGAUGUGGGUUUUCUACUUUUUCAUUCUCAUGACAAGUUGUACAAUUCUGUUUAUCUCACCGUUAAUAGUGAGGGAAGUAUUCUCUCUUGUGCAAAGAAGACAAGCUCGUACACUGAGUGAAUGAUGGGUGCCCCUGAGAGAGAACGGACUCAUGAGGGCCUGUGGGUCCCAGUUCAGGUGUGUGGAGUUGUCAAGGUGCCGGUGGAAGCUCAGCUUGUCAGGCGUCACGCAACACUGCCAACCGCCCCAGACAUUGUCGAGUAAGGGCCGGAUUAUUUUUGUACACUACAGCAUUUAUUGGUGAUUUUUUUUUUUUUUUAGUUAUAUCGGUGAAUGUACUGAAAGGAGAAGGAGCUGCCAACAUUCCUGUUGGGCUUGUCGGUUUAUCCCAUUAACCUGCCGUGUUGUUUGGUCCUGGACCCUUGUUAUUUACUCUUAAUUCAGAGCUAAGGGAACAGGAGGCAGAGAUGGGCAAGUCUGUAUUGACGAGAAGACUGCUGUGUGGCCCUCUGAAAGCAAGAUGCAGAGAGUGGAUCACCAUGAAGGCGUCAGAGCAGAACUCAGGCCGGACGAAGCUCCGGCCCCGCCUUGGACAGAGCGAUGAUUGCCUGUGUUUGUGGCCUCUGGAAGUCCUCGUCCUCUCCAGAAUGGUUGUCAGCUUUUUCUCCGACUUCACUCACGUCCGACUGACUCCUAGGAGGAGUCUUCCGUUCAUGAACUAUAAAUUAUCUCAGACAUUCCAGUGUGGGGCUUUCAACCUCAGACUUAGAGUCUGGGAACGUUAGGGCCCUCCGAGAAGUCAUGCUAUGUAGCCUUAUUCUUGAAAACCUGGGUUCCUGGAGUUACCUCAGAAGACUCGAGUUAGAGACAAGACAAUGGCUCUUUGUUGCAAGGUGUGAAGUGUGUGUAUUGAAUCAUGGUAGUCCAUUGUUAGGGCCUGAGGCCUGUCCUUUUUAGAAGAUGGUAGAGUGUAUCUCUUUGAGACUGAAUUCUUUUUUUUCUUUUCUCUCUCUCUCUUUUUUUUUUUUUUUUUUUGUUGUUUUUUAAGACGGGGUUUCUCUGUAGCUUUUGGAGCCUGUCCUGGAGCUAGCUCUUGUAGACCAGGCUGGCCUCGAACUCAGAGAUCUGCCUGCCUCUGCCUCCCGAGUGCUGGGAUUAAAGGUGUGCGCCACCGCCGCCUGGUGAGACUGAAUUCUAUAUGAGAAUCAAUACUUUAAGGUCAUCCUGUACAUACAUUUUAAAUUAUGUUGCAGACUAGGAGGAAAAUGUGCAAUUUUGAGGGACACCUAAUUCACAUUGGGUUAGGGACUGUUCUUCCACCUCUUGUUUUAUGUUCCAAAUAUGUGUCGACGAACUUGUUAUUUAAUCUGCAGACUUCUGGUCACGUUACUGUUGAGUCACUGACGUAAAGGGAAAACACAAAGUAUAGGAAGGGAGGGGAACGGAACAACUUUUGUAAUAAACGCCCAGCCGUUUGGUUAUUUGAUCUCUGCUCAAGCUCUGUGCUCCCUCUCGUUUUUCUUUGC